AUGUACAGUCCUCAUAGGGGGGGGUGGCGGCUUCCGCUAGUGCUGUUAUCAGUGCUGCUGCUGCUGAGUCAGCAGCAGCAACAGCUGCAAGCAGCUGCAUCAGCAGCUGCACCAUCUGAAGUGUGGGAUCCUAAUAAUACAGGUUCUGCCGUUACAGAUAAAGUAUUACCAGGACAAGAAGGAAUAGUAUCAUCAAAUGGUGGGGAUACGACCGAUCCCUCCGCGGGUAUGCGGGGGGAGGUUAACAAGGAAUCUGCAGGAGAUGAGGCAGCAGGAUCCCCAUCAGUAGAGAACGCUGCAGGAGCAGCAGGAGGAGAAGAAUCACCAAAGACAGUGCAAGGAGAUCAGGAUUUAACUGCCCGUAUGUCACAAAGGAUGCUAACAAGACAAAGAUACAGGGAGUUAUUAUUUAAUAUAGGGGAUGAACCUUCACAGGCUUCUAGUACAACUACUAAUAAACAACCAUCAAGAGGUGGUUUAUUAGGCUCACAGAAGAAUAGGCGUCUAAUGGGUAUGGCGAUCCUUGGUACUAUUGCUCUGUAUGCCUUAUUAAGUACGCCGCAUUACCUACGCAGGCGUUCUAUUCUUCGCCAAUUAACGCUGAUAGAACCCCUAGAAAUUGAAUCUAUUAAUCUAGCUAAGAGUUUAGGAACAGAUGAGAGCUAUAUUGCCGCCGAUGCAAUACGCAAUUCUCUAAAAGAGGCACGAGAAUGCAGGGAGGAGGUGCUGAAGUUGCAGAAGAGUCGAUCUUUUCCAUCUUGGGCAUCGAGCCGUGAACGUGAACUUUUGAAUAAGAUAGGGAAAUCUGUAUUGGAGGCAACACGUUCACUACGUGCAAUGGAUAGUGAAUCACGUGCUGCUAUGAAGAAACAAUGUGAGCAUAUGCCAACAAUAUCUGCCGAUUGGGUCAAAGAAGCAUCGCCACAUUUUGCGGGGCUAGUGGGAAGUGAAUAUGCCGAUGCGCUGCAGGUGCUGACGAAAUCUCUUCAUAAUGAAUCACUGGAAAUGCAUAAAUUAGCCUCACAUAUAAUGGCACAGAGCAAAGAAGUACACCCCUUCAAUACCCCCAACGACGCAAGCUCCUUCAUCCAAAACAGCCUGCAGCUGCAGUACACCAUGGCGCUCACACAGGGCAUCCUUAGUAAUAACAGAACGGUAGACAAGCUGAAAAAUGAUUCGUUGCCGUCCCUGAAACGGAUGUUGGCCAUGAAUAUUGAGCUUUAUGUAGAAAGUGUUUACAUGCAAAGGGAAAAAAUAAAGGCUUUUACGACGCACGUUGAAGAAAGUAUGAGGGCCCAACAGUCUCGCUCGAUGGAUGCAUGGAGAACCGUGCUUGAGAUACAAAAAAUCCUGAAAGCAGUGCAGAAUCGAUACCACCAACUCCAAGACGCAGUCGGUGACCUAGCGAAGGCGGGAACUGUCGACGAAAUUGUUACAGUGGGUGCAUGGGCUGCAAACACCUACAAGAGGCUGAACACAUCUCUGGAGUUGUGUGAGAAGAAGUUGAAGGCGCUGCCGAUUCCGCCAGUCUUGGCUGUGCUUCAAGAGCAGCUCACGUCGUUGGCGCACACGUGCGUGGAUAGCGCGAAGUAUCCCGUGUUGGGAGUACAGGAAGCGGUCUCCAGGGCUAAAAGUCUUGUGAAACGUGGAGUUGAGUCAGACAUCGGGUUGCGCACGAGCGGGUCGCGGCCGUUUUUGUGCAAAACGACAGUAAAUGGUCUGCUCUCAACCUUGGCUGCCACAGAAGAGCUCGCUACUAAGAGCCUCUCAGAGGGCGCCAUGGCAGCAAGGGCAAUCAAGCAGGAACAAAACGUACAGGGCGUUGUGGACGCCGCCACGAGGGCUAUAAACGAAGUCACAAAAGUAAUGGAUGCCCGCUGUACCGUCCAGCAGGUCAUUAUGAAAGUCGAAUUGCUGAACGAGAUGGAGAAGAACAUGGCUGAAAGCGCAAAUUCGAUUCCUCUCUUCAGCAUACAAACUGGCCGCGAUUCCCUUGAAAGUAAAGCGGCGAAUGAGGAGUUGUGGCAGGAGGCCAACAGGUUGCGAAACUUGCUGGAUAUGGAAAGUGCUUUUGCAGAGGAGGCCGCGAGCGUGCUGGACGUGGCAACGGCGGCAGGACGCAUGCGGCAACUCAACCGCCAAGUCAUCUCUGCGGCUUACGCCGCUGCAGGGGGCAUAGUAACGCAAGCAGCUGCUGCUCCCAUACCAGAGCCCCCUCGCAAGGAAGCUCUAAGCCCCAGACGCCUACGCAGGGCUAAAACUAAAGAAGAGUCACUGCCAGAAGCUUUGGCGCCUGGUGAGGAACCUCCGACGCUUCUUCCUUUAACAGGUGGUUCUCCUACCCCGCCAUACGCGGAAACUUCUGGGGACGUCGGUGCUGACCCUGCAAGUGCUGACUCUCCAGCUGCCGGUGAGCAGGAAACCUCUCCAGUACCUGUCCCCCUUGCCGAACCUCAAGGAACAGAACAUGGUGAUGGAGCAACAGGGUCUGUUGACGAAGGACGAGAACCGCGUGUUGACGAAGAUUCCAGUGAUAAAGUAAAACCACCUAGUGUUGCUGCAGCACCUAAGUCUCUUGUUCAAGAAACAGAACCUGCAGCCACAGCAGCUUCUGGUGUGGAAGCCGAGAGACUUCUUGGUCAACCAGUAGUCGGUGAUGCUGAAUCUGUUGCAGAAGGUGGCGCUGAUGCUGACGGAGCAAAUUCGGGUGCUUUAGCAGGUGAUUCAACAGACGCUGAUACGGAGCCUGCAGAAUCUGAUGCACACGUAACGGCACCUCGUGCUGGAGCAGCAGAGUAUAGUAGUGAAGCAACAGAUUCUGGUUCUACAGGUGCAGACUCUAGUGCAGAAGGAGCGCAGCAAGGUGAAGGCGGAGCAGAUUCUGAUGCUGUAACGGAAGAAUCUGGUGAAGGAGAGGAUGGGUCUGAUGGUGAAGGAGUAGGAUCAGGUCAUGAAGGACCAGAGGCCGAAGCUGCGGGAAAAGCAUCUGGUGAUGGAGAGGCUGGCUCUGGUGUUGGAGGAGAGGGUUCUGGUGCUGGAGCAGUAGGCUCUGAUGGUGAAGCAACAAAAUCGGAUGAUGAAACAGGAGGAUCUGGUGAAGAAGAAGCCGAAUCUGCUGAAGAAGAGAGUGUUGUAAGUAAAGAGGGAAGAGGAUCAGAUGAUGGAAGUGGAGACCCUGGUGCUGGAGCAGGAGCAUCACCGGCUGGAGCUGGAGGCUCUGGUGGUGAAGGAACAGACUCUGGUUCUACAGGUGCAGACUCUAGUGCAGAAGGAGUGCAGCAAGGUGAAGGCGGAGCAGAUUCUGAUGCUGUAACCAAAGAAUCUGGUGAUGGAAGGGAUGGAUCUGAUGGUGAAGGAGUAGGAUCAGGUCAUGAAGGACCAGAGGCCGAAGCUGCGGGAAAAGCAACUGGUGAUGGAGAGCCAGGCUCUGAUGUUGGAGGAGAGGGUUCUGGUGCUGGGGCAACAGGCUCCGAUGGAGGAGCCGCAGAAUCGGAUGAUGAAACAGACGGAUCUGGUGAUGAAGACGCCGAACCUGCUGCUGAAGAGGGCGUGGGAAGUAACGGAGAACGAGGACCAGAUGAUGGAAGUCAAGACCCUGGUGCUGGAGCAGGAGCAUCACCUGGUGGAGCAGGAGGAUCUGGUGGUGAAGGAACAGAUACUGGUUCUACAGGAGCAGACUCUGGUGCAGAGGGAGAGCAGCAAGAUGCAGGAGGAGCAGAUUCUGAUGCUGUAACCGAAGCAUCUGGUGAAGGAAAGGAUGGGUCUGAUGGAAAAGGAGCAGGAUCUGUAGAUGGCGGAGAAGGCGAAGCUU